AUGACAAACUCAAACUCAACCGGUAACAAUGAGCAAGAAAGAAACAACGCUUCCACCAAUCAACAUCAAGAGUCGUCGCCAUUAUUGCAGCAACCCACACCCCACGUGAGAUCGGAUCCCAGCAAUAAUAGUCAAGACAGCACAACCACUUCUAUCACAGUUAGUCAGUGCAGUUCCCAAACUAGUGAACUAACUCCAUUACUCCAUGCCACUGAAAUACCCCAACAUUCAUUUCUACGAAGAAUCUUCGAUCCCAAUUGGCUUCAUGUUGCUUUUAUUGUCGUAAUCAUCUUGAUUGGUUUAACUGUGAUAACAUUCCAUAAUAUACAAUCAGUGGUUAAUGAUGCAAUUGACUUACAAGUAUAUAAUGCUACAUUUGCCAAUUUCACGAGUCAUGGAGUCAAUGUACAUGUGCAAGGUUCAGUUGAGAUGAAAUAUCAUUUAAUGCAUACUAAUCCUGUUCAAAUUGCCAUGAUUAAAGUUGGUGCUUUUGUAUUAGGAACAUUGAAACUUGUGCUGUUGAAGCCCGUGCAAUUGCACGUACAGUUAGUUGAUUUGAAAAGUCCAUUCCUUUAUUUGGCAGAUACGAGCCCACCUCCAAUUGCAAUCUAUAUUAGUAAUAGAGCCAAAACAGAAUUGAAUUUUUUAACUGAAUGCACAUUUGGUAAUACCGAAUUCCUAGACUUCCUAAAGUAUUACUAUCAAUUGACUGGUGAUGAUAUAAAUUUAAAAGUGAGGAUGAUUGCUGAGGAAGUUAAUGUAAAUACAUUAAAGUUGAUUAAUUUGAGACUACAUAAUGUUGAAGUUAGUGAUCACUUGACCAUCAACAAGAAUGAUUUGAAGAAGGGAUUAAAGAUUAACAAGUUUGGUGUUACAUCGCCUGGAGCAAAUAUUAUAAACUUGUCUGCACAAUUGGAGUUGCCUAAUCAAUGGGGGAUCUCCUUAGGUAUCCCAGCUUUGCAAUGGGAUUUGUUAUUUAAUGAUUGUGAUUCCAACUUGGUGAAAGUAGGAGCAUGGCGUACGUUACCAACAACAGGUGAGGCUAAUGACACAAUCACAGUAGAUGUUGAUGGGGUUGUUGAAGAUGUUCCUGAUAGAUUAAUGGAGGAUUGUAAAGACCUGGUAAGCCCGAUAAAUUCGUUGAUUGAACAAUAUUUACGAGAGGAGCCGAUAAAGUUUUACUUACAUUUGAGUGAAGGUCAAAGUGUUGAUAGUGUACCUCACGAUAUACGGUGGAUACUUGACACCUUGAAACGUAUGCCACCGGCUGAACUAGCUGUUGCUUUGCCAAGAACACAUAUUAUGCCCAAAAAUCUACGUGUCAACUCAUGCGACUUGGCCAUGAACUAUACCGAUAGUGAAAGGAUAGAUGUUUCAAAGAAAGAUGGUCUGUUUGCAGGUAAAAUCAAAAGCAAUUGUUCUAUUGAAGCUGUCAAUCCGUCAUCUUUACAAGUUGGUGUUGAUAGAUUGAAAUUCAAUGUCAGUUUGGGAUCGAAAAAUGGAGCAUUAGUGCAGGCUUGGUCGAGGAACUUUGUGUUACUCGACACCACACAAUCUAAACACCUUUUCCAUGUUGAUGUGAAUAUCUCUGAUUUGGAUGUGGAUGUAAUGGAUCCAGUUUAUUUUGGUAAGGUUGUUAAUUCUAUGAUCAACAAGAAUUCAAAUUUCCCCAUAAAUGAUGACGUGUAUGUCAAUGUGAGUUUAUCAGAAGUAGAUACAUACUUGCCUAUUGUUGGAAAUGCAACGCUACGGCGCCUAGAUAUACCAUUUGUCAAGUUGCCACAAGUUCUUGAUGUAUUGCAAGAUGUGAGUAAGGUACAAUACGAUUCGAUUGUAUCUCAACUAAAUGUUGAAAUUGAAGAAGUUUAUUAUUUGGGAUCUAGUGAACACGAAGUUGAAUUUCAAGUGUUGAUAUCAUUGUACAAUCCACUCAAUGUCUCUUUGGAAAUUCCUCGAGUACAUGAUCAAGCGAUUUUGAUGGAGUUUGGGCAGGAUAAGACAAAAUUUGGAUAUGCUAGUUUUAAACAAAUUUCACUAACCAAACUUGAACGAUCAAAAUUGGAAGUCAAUAUUAAAUUUAGGUAUGAGACAUACUCUGACAAGUUGUUCUUGCAAGAUUUUAUCAGUGUUUAUGCAUCGUCAUUUACAAAAGAUUUGACGAUUGAUUUGACCAAUAAUUCAGUGGCGGGUAAUGAUGGGCUUGAUGCUUUCAUGACUCAAAUUAAGAUACAUAAUGUCACAAUGCCCAACGUGACUUACGUCAUUCCAAAGUACAAUAUAGGCAAUACCGACGUGACGAAUACAGCCCUAGCAAAGCAAGAUGUUGGUGAUUUCAUCAUUGAAACUACAAUUCAUGUGUUCACCUCAGAGCUUGAAUUAAAGAUUUAUAACCCCAUAUCAAAUGCAGAAGUCAGAUUAGAAAUUUUCCAAGCAUUUGCAAAACAUGAAGAUGUGGUUUUGGGCUAUGUAAGUCGACGUGAAGUUAUCGAUUUGCAACCAGGAUUUUAUGUGACACCACGAAUACCAAUCAAGAUUGAAAAUGGGGCGGCGACUGAUAUUUUAAAACGUGCUUUGAAUGGUGAUUUAAGUAUUGAUGUUAUGGCUGAUGUUAACGUUGGACUAGAAUUAUUUGAUUUACGGUUGAUUUAUAAGGGUAAACAAUUGGUAUCAAAGAUUAGAUGGUAG